UUUUUUGUUGAAGGCUGAAUCCCAAUUUUUGUGGUUGAAAAAAAAAAGUUUUUGUUUAGCCACACCUUGAGGGCAAGGUGUGUUUUAAGGGGCGGGUAAUGAUAGGAAUCACCCUUAGGGUAAUAAAGGGAUAUUAUUAGAGUAUCGAGGGUACCUUAGUAAUUAGAUAGGAAAGUGGUUAGGGAGUGUUGUUAUAAAUAGAAUGGAGGUGCAAGGAUGAAGGUAUCCAAUGGAGUGAGUAUGGUUUAGGCUUGAGUAAGAAUACUCAAGAGAGGAGAGGAGGGUCCAAGUACCUCAAAUUACUUGGUAGUUCUAGUAUUUCUUGUUUGGGUUCUAACAGUUGCUCCUUCAAGAAUUGAGAUUUUUUUAUUAAUGGGUUUUUGUUGCUUGUGUUUCUUAUCCAACGAUGCAGGUAGCUGACAAAAUGAUUGAUAUGUAUGAGGAUUGUUUGGAUGGUAACUAUGAAUCUAUUGAAAAUCUAAUGCAAUCCCAACCACCACGGGUUGCUCAUUCUCAUGUUAGUCAGGUUGUGAGUGACGAUGAAGAAGAGGAAGACGAUGAUGACGAUGCUAAAAAUGCAAGAGAUGCCAUGAGGAAUGAUGGUUCGUCAGAUAUGAUGGUGGAUGCCAUAGAAUACCAAUCUAAUUCUACUUCACAACCCAAGCGUGUCUAUCAGCCCAACCCAGAGGCUACAGCUGAAGCUGAAGAUGGAUGGGUUCAAGUCACGUCAAGGAGAAAUAGGGGUAAUAGAAAUUAGUUCCAACUUUUAAAUGUCUGCUAUUAAUCUAUUUUUAAUUAUACCAAAUUAAUCCCUUUACUCUUUUCUUAAUUCCUAGUACUUGGCAGUAGCCAUCAAUUUUGGUAGGUGUGAAGAUAUAUAAAGUACCAGUAUUCAGCUUGUGUUUGUUGAGAUCCUAGGGGCCAGUAUACCAUCAUUUUUUUAAGUGUCAA